AACUACGAUUCCAUUCCUUUCUAGAUCCUUGAGGCGCAAACUGGUAAGACUCUCUCCUCCCGCGGGAUGAAGCUCCUGGCUGAACAGGGCGAACAGCUGCUCUCCGCUAUGAACUGGGCGAUUCGCACACUUAUGAUUAUGCCGAGGGAACGAUUCCACAUGCUAUGGACCCUGAAAUUGCAACAUAUUUCCCCACCCACGAUGACUGCUUCGUGUAUUUUGAUCCGGGCAAGCCUGAGUCUUUCACUGCGGCUCUGAAUAACCUCCAAAGUUUUAUUCAGCAAGAGGGUCCAUUCGAUGGCAUUCUGGCCUUUUCUCACGGCGCCCAGCUGGCCGCAGCGUGGCUCGCGAGCCAGAAUCAUGCUGACCACCCUAUCCGCUGCGCCAUAUUUCUCUCAGGUGGGAUCCCUUACGAACUCGUCUCCAGUCCGAAUAGUGGGACGCCUGUCAUGCAGCCCAUGGAUCCCGAUAAGACGGGGACUGUUGUGAAUAUUCCCACGGCUCACAUUUGGGGUCUGAAUGAUAGGCAGUACCCGGGAAUGAGCGAGGUACUCAGCAAGCUGUGCAAAUCGGAAUGGCGCGAAAUCUUCAUUCAUCCUGGAGGACACGAGGUGCCAGGGGCAAGCGCAAGAGAAUCUCUGGUUGGGGCGGCGCAGGCGAUACGGAAAACCAUUGGAUUGGUGGUGACCUUGCAGUAGCUGCAGUAGUGCGGGUAAGCGAGUGAUGGAUCUGAGGUAAUGAAAUCUCGUUCGCUUAAUUAAUAUCCGAUCCUUUCGAGCACCCAAUCAAGGGCGUGCCCCAUAUGCAUGCACAUGUAGCUUUAUUACUCUGAAAUUGAAC